AGGCAUCCUUCAAUUGUUACUUCCCCUCCAACCUCGCGUUUAACCAAUCGACCAAUUAUCACCGAGAAUUUACUUUUCAGUUUUCACCUCUUCAUUAUCAUAUCGACAUAGCUAUUCAGUAGAAGACGGCUUUCCAAUUAUUCUAAACGACAACACUCAUUCAUCCGAUUUCUCGUAAAGAGACUCGUUCGCGUUCCACAACACCAACAAGAUGUCGGACAAAGGAGCAGGAAAAGGAGGCAAGAUGGCCUCGUUUUACAACCUGAAGUCAACGGCAGGCCCGAAGGAUGACGCUUACACGGUACUUAUCAUGAACUGAUGAUUUUGAUUACCUCAUGUUGCCUAUACAUGCUUCGAGUCAUUCAUAUGAAGUAGAAGUGGAUUUUCUUCGUUUAAUGCCUACUACUACUUCCUACUACCCUCCUUGGAAUUAGAAUUUGAUGUGAACUAAUAAGUCCUUGAACCAUCAUUUCAAUCAGGCGGUACGCGUACAUUAAAAUCACAAACUAUGACAAGAACAAGAAGAACUUCUUCUACAUCUACCCAUAAGCAUAAUUAUAACGUAUACAACGUACUAUAAUAUAUAUCUCCAUUAAUCACAACAACCAAAGCCAAAAUUUCAAAAAAACUCUUCUCAGAUUGCAUACAUGGAUGACGAUGGUGCUGAGAGGGAAGCUUUGCCGUCGUACUUGCAAUCCGGUGCCAGUCGUGGCUCUGCUGCCGAAGCUUCUGCUGGAUCCCAACAAGGAGCUGCUGGAGAAGAAAGAGUGUCCGGUGCUGUAGAAGAAAGAGCGUCUAGGUACUAUAAUUUGUUGACUUCUUUUUAUCGUGGUUCUUCAUCCCUUAAUCCACCUCGCCAUUCUUUUACCAUGAUGCAUUUCUAUGCUUUUUAAGUUAAGUACCAGGUAUAAUAAGAUAAGUACAUGAUAGAAGUUGUAGAUCAAAAUCGAUCAAAAAUUACCACUCGUCUAGCAUUCCAACCGAUCUCUUGUUUUCAGCGCCAGCACAAGUGAUAGAAAAUCCGGGAGCAAGAAGGACGAUCGCCCGUCAAAGAGUUCCAGCUCUAAGAAGGAAGGCCGAGGAUGCUGCUGCCCGUGCUAAGGACAUACGUAUUACGUAAGUCGUAAGUAUUACGUAAGUCGUGCUACGGAAUCAAGAUCAAGUGGAGAACAAGAAUCUACUAACACGAAUAAGACGUCGAAUGAAUAUUUUGAAAUUUAUGAUGCUGUAGCAUAAAACUGAUGUAUAAUUGGUGGUAAAGGAAUUUUCUUUUUGCAUCAAGAGGUAGAGGACGAAUAGCAUCUUGAUCUUGUAACUGAACAAAGAGAUGAACAUCUUGAUCUUGUUCUAAGAACUAGGAAAAAAGAGCUUGCGCAUAGUAAUCAACAUAUGGAAGGAACAAUCAACGCUAAUAAUUGAAAUACUAUAGAUUUAUGACUGUAUACAAUUUGACCAACAAACUAGUCGGGGUAAAUAAGGUUGUAAGUAGAUAAUUUCUUGCAACGUCACCAUCUACGUCGUACUAGCAACAUCCCUACGCAAAACACGAAAAUGAAAAGGAGCCUGAGACUUGGGAUGUAGCUGGACAGUACUUGUAUUUGGAUAGAACGAAUAACAGUAAUUCAUAUUUGCAUAGAAAAAUAAUUGGAUUUAGGGACAACGACAAUAAUAUCUUGAUUUAGGGAAUAAGAUGGAAGAGAUUAUAGAGUAGAUACUAG